AUGCAGAAAAAUCCGGAUUCACGCACAACCCGCGGGAAGAACCCGCCGAAGGAAAAACCCAAAAAGAAAGCAACAGAGGCGGCGAGUUCGACUCCCGCGGCCGAGAAAGCACCCACGCCACCACCAGAAGAAAACCCCACUCUACCAGAAGUUCCACCGCAGCCCACACCGACCGAAGUGCAACCACAGCCAAACAUCGGACAAGACAACCCCGCCGAGGCGAAAUCCGACGAAGCGGAACCGGAUCCCGAGGAAAUCAUACAAGAAUUCAUGAGGAAGUACGGGAAAGGGCCGAAGGUGAGCAAAUUCUUCGCACAAAUGUCGGAGGCAUGCCGGAAACAAGAAGAGGUAAUUCCUGCCCUAACCCCACUUACAAUUCCACCAAGACCCCAAACAUUAAUCGAAACACCCACUGCACAAGCCUUACCCACACACCCCGAAAACCCCCAAAUUUUACCGGAAACCCUAACCCAAGAGAGGAACCCCCCACAUACGAGUCCUCAAAAAGAAACUGAGCCCCAUGCCGAACCCUCUGUAAAUGAAGAAGAAACUGGAGAGGAGGAGAGUGAUAGGAUGGAUACUGAGGAAGAGGGAGAGGGUGAAGAUGGUGGGGAGGGUGAUAAAGUAGAGGAAGUGGAGCAAGAAGAAACAGGGGAAGUGGAAGAGAAUGAGGAACAGGGUGUAGAGGAGACUGUGGAUGGUGAAAAGGGUAGUGAGGGCAGUGUAGGUGAAGAAGGUGAAACAAUUGUUGACAAGGAGGCUGAGAAGGAAGGUGAGAGUGUGGAUGAGGAAGUUGUUGAAAAGGAGAUAGAGAAGGAAGAAGAACGAGACGGCAGUGGAAAAGAUGCCGAGAAAGAAUGUGAAGAGAUCGAGACUGACAUCAUCGUGGUAGACGAUACAACUACUGAUGACCAAGUAACUCCAACGGAUGAGAGGAUGACGAGGAGGCAAUCCCGUCGGAACAAGAAGCAAGUGGAUGAGGCAGAGGCAGGCAGGUCCAAGCGCCUGAGGCUGGAAGACAUAGAGGAGACUGGGGAUGAUAUCCCCCUGGUCCAAGAAACUUUGCCAGCCGAGGAGGAGAUCUCUCCGGAGGCCCUGGAAACGAGAUAUGAGGCGGAAAGAAAAAGGAAGGGUAAGCAUGCUGCUAAGCCCCAAAAGAAGAAAUCUCGCCCCGCGAACACCACUGUGGUGAUCAGCGAACCAGAGGCGAUCCGUGUGCCGUUUUCCCAUCCAACUGAAGAAGAGGAGGCUGAGAUACCAGCCGUGGAGGAGAGCCCUUUCGAAACAAUGGAGGUCCUUGUGACCAAGAGGUUGUUGGAAGCCAUGGUCCAGUUUGAGGACCCAAAGCUGCAGAAGGCGUGCGAUGGCCGAGCCACGAAUGGAAAAUCGGCAAAAUCCGGAAAGAAGCUGUGCCUCUCGGACCUAAGGAGCGUGGAAACUCGAAGAGGAGGAAGAAGGAGCGUGGAAUGA